UCUUCUCUACUUUCUCUCUCUAAAGUUAACAAACAUUCGAUCCCAUCAUCUCCGAUUCAAAGCCAUGGCUCGUACGAAGCAGACUGCGAGGAAAUCGACAGGAGGAAAAGCUCCGAGGAAGCAACUCGCCACCAAGGCUGCGAGGAAAUCUGCACCGACCACCGGAGGAGUCAAGAAGCCUCACCGUUACCGUCCCGGAACCGUCGCUCUCCGUGAGAUUCGUAAGUACCAGAAGAGCACUGAGUUGCUGAUCCGUAAACUUCCCUUCCAGCGUCUUGUUCGUGAAAUCGCUCAGGAUUUCAAGACGGAUCUGAGAUUCCAGAGCCACGCAGUGUUGGCUCUCCAGGAAGCUGCGGAGGCGUAUUUGGUGGGUUUGUUCGAAGACACGAAUCUCUGUGCCAUUCACGCCAAGAGAGUCACCAUCAUGCCCAAAGACAUUCAAUUGGCUAGGCGCAUUCGUGGAGAGCGUGCUUAGAUUCCCAUCUUAUCACUAUAAUUCCAUUAGGGUUGUGGUGUUUUCUGCUUUUGAUUUCUUGCUUGCUUCUUUCUUCAUGUCAUUGUCUAGUGGUGCUUGUUGUUAAACGCUCUUUGAAUCAAGAACAUAUUUGAACUUAGCA